AUGAUAUUCAGUUUUGGUUACCUAGAGAGGCGUCUUCAUGACUUUCAAGUAUUCGAACUGCUUGGAAGAGGCGGUUUCGCCCAAGUUUAUCGCGCAAAAUCUGUUAUCACAGGCCAAGAAGUUGCUAUCAAGAUGAUUGAUAAGAAGUACAUGUAUCAACACGGUCUCACACAUCGGGUUCAGCGAGAAGUCGAAAUUCAUAGUCGCUUGAAACACCCCUCUAUCCUAGAGUUGUAUACUUGCUUUGAGGACGCCAACUAUGUCUACCUGGUUCUUGAGGUUUGUGACAAUGGUGAGCUUCAGGCCUAUAUUCGCCAGAAUGGACCUGUCUCUGAGGAUAUGGCUCGGCAUUACAUGAAGCAAAUCGUCAAUGGUCUGCUGUACCUUCACUCCCAUAAAAUUCUCCACAGAGAUCUGACGCUUGCGAAUCUACUGCUUACGAAGGACAUGAAAGUUAAAAUUGCUGACUUUGGCCUGGCCACUUUGAUAGAACCGGGGGAAAAUCAUAACACCAUGUGUGGCACACCAAAUUAUAUCUCGCCUGAAGUGGUCAGUCGAGGUCAGCAGGUGUUAGAGACGGAUGUUUGGUCGCUGGGCAUUAUGCUUUACACUUUAGUGGUGGGGCAUCCCCCCUUUGAUACUCGUGAGGUACGUAGUACUCUAAAUCGAGUGUUAGCUGGUAACUACGAAAUGCCCAGCCACCUCUCUCCCGAAUGCACAGACCUCAUCAUUUGCCUCCUUCGCCAACAACCUCAAGAUCGCAUCAAACUCGCCGAAAUGAUCCAUCAUCCUUUCAUCACGAGAAUGAGUGAUGGUGGCACUCCGCGGAAUAAAAUGGAGCGUUCAAGAGAUAGUGGAUUUGACUCGAUAACCCGAACUUCCAUUGUCGCCCUACAAUCCAAUCAAUCACAGAAAAGUAUCAAUGUCUCGGCAGCGUCAAGUAGCCGUCAUUCUUUGCCUUUUCGAUCGGGGACUAAUAUCCUUCCACCUCUACGCCCAUCCUCGCGUAUUUCAUCAUUGGAUACUGCUCGUAGGCGCUUAACCCCAACAGGCUCUCUUCAGCAUCUCUUGCCUCCCUCUAAAAGCUUGUCUGGCCUCUCAAUAGCCUCUACCAACACUAGUUUAACAUCAACGCAUUCACAGUGUCGUUCUAUAUCUGCUGGAAGUCUGAAACCUCCACAUCGACCAACGCCUCUCUUAUCUCCUCUCACAUCGCGCAGGUUGAGACCCAUGAGGACUAAGACUCGUAUGGCUGUGAUAAACAUUCUUGCUGAUGAGUCUGUGUGUCUAGAAUUCUUUGAGCCUCCUUCACCGACCCAAAAGCAGCCAACAGGAAAGGAACAGCAGCUAGUUGUCGAGGUGAUGGGGAUCUCACCGGACGGAAACGUGGUAGUGAUCUAUUACCCCAAUGGAGGACGUGGGGUGCCUCCUAAUUCCGAUUCCCCGGUGUCGGCCUAUGAAGGUGACACCUGCAAAGUAUACCGACUGGCUCAACUUCCUGAGAAAUAUUGGAAAAAAUAUCAGUUUGUGUCCAGGUUCAUCAGCAUGGCCAAGAUGCACACUCCCAAAGUAACUCUCUACACUAGUCGCGCUAAAUGCAUUCUUAUGGAGCGAGUUGAGCCCCAGGCGGAGUUUGAGUUGGAGUUGUUAGCUGAUGGAAGUCGCGUCACCUGUUUAGGUGGUGAACAUGCUGGAAACGUGCAAGUUAUCUCCCCAGUAAAUGGCACGUUUACGGUGAAUCAGAAGCAACCAACGGAUAAUCUGCCUUCCUGUAUCAGAGACCUCAUCACAUAUGCCGAGAAGUGCCGACGUCGAUGUAUUGAAAUUGAGUCCUCAUUAGAGAAAUUCAGUAGAGACGUAUCUCCAUUGGAUCCCGAAAGUACAUCACCCUUUCCGGUUAUUAUCGGUCGUCGGCCAAAUAUAGCUGUCACCUCCAAACCCCUUUCAAGACCUCUAAUUCCAUCUUCUCCAUGUUUAUCCAAACUCGUUGCUAAUUGCAGAAACAUAGCAAACUCAAACGAUCACAAUCACCGUUCUACGUCACAACAGCGUGAUCCAAUCUUUGUUCCCUCUGUUGGUUGGGUCUCCCAGCCUUCUUCCGAAGAACUUCAAGUUCAAUUCAACGAUGGUGCUCGACUUGUUGUCGUCUAUACCACAGCAACCGUACACAGCAUUCGAUACCAGCCCCCUUUACAAAACGGCCAAGACGUUGAGGAACAGGUAUAUUCCACUGUCUCUUCUACCAAUCCUCUCCCACCAGAUGUGCGAAGUAGAUUGGAGGACGGGUUGCUUUCUAUCUGGACGGGAGAUCUGAAACCGAAAAGACUGAUGCAGUUAAAAAUUGAAGAAAAAUCUCAUCCAGGAAGAAGAAAAUGGUACACAGAUUUUAUAUUUCUCUACGAUAUUGGGAAGAUUAUAGCAAGUACUGGGGACAGAGAACUCGAAUUUUAUGAGAUGACCACGUUCAAAUUCUAUUUCUGCAUCAACAAUCUGGAUACUGUCCCUAUGUGCCUAUCAUAUGGGAAAUUACAAGAUAUCAAUCAAAAUGCUCUCAUAUGGGGUGAUUCCAACGGAUGCAUAAGCAUUCUCCAACUUACUGAUCUUGCUGACUUGCUACGUCAGUGGCGUUCGAUGCAGUUGAAAAAUGCAAUUCCAACCAUGAGCAUCAGUUCUAUCAUCAUGAAUGAGACAGUUUCCUUCGUUCGUUGGAAAACUCACGAUGAGUGGGUUGCCAAGGUCUGGGACCUAAACGGUCAGAUUUGCCAGACACCACUUUCCACAAAAAUCUGUCCCAAAAACCAAGUCGAUGUACAGUGCUGCAACUUCUCUCAGACUACACGUUCACUUGUCAUCGUCACGGACAAAGCGUACCUUUUACGACUUAGGUCCAACCAUUUAGCAGAGGAGAGAAAUUGGAAUGAGACUCAUCAAUCUUGGGAGUAUUUUUCCGGAUGUCUUUUUGGAAACCCAUCGCAACCUAAUUCAUCUAUGAUGAAGAGUAUGAAAACGCGAGAUCGUCUUCUUUGGGAACCUGUUCGCUCGCAUAAAUUAGGGGUUAGUCUCUGCAAAUACAACGCAUCUUUCAACCACCUUAUCACUGCAGGUGUUGAUUCAAGUAUUAGAGUUUGGAAUUUCAGCACAGGUCAGUUGAUUUCGGAAAUCACAGACGCGCAUUGCGGGGAACAAAUCACAUGCAUGUGUUUUGAUCUCACCGAAAGACGCCUCAUAACUGGUGGAAGAGAUGGCUACGUGAGAAUUUGGAAUCAUAACUCUGGAGCCUGUCUCAUGGAAGUCGAGCCAAAAUCGAAAAAUGGCGAAGGCUUCAUCAUCUCUGCAGUUGAAUGCAAAAUCAUUGGGACUGGAAGAUAUAUUGUUGUGGUUGGAUGGAAUCCAAGAAUCUGCCUUUAUCUCGACGACCUAGAAACAUUCUUGAAUGAAGCCAAUCACGAAAUUAAGCAACACUUGCUCCCACAUUGGCGUGAUGAUAAGGACACUUCAGUUGAAAUUCAGGAAGACAUUUGCGCGAUGGCCAUCUCACGCUCCUCUAAUCUCCUUGCUACUGCUGACUUCAUUGGUGAGAUCUGCGUGUGGGAUGCUGUCAGCGGGCACGUUCUGAAACGCCUUGAAAAACCAGAUGAUCGUAAAGGCGGAAACAUAAGUGGCUUAUUGUUCCUCGAAAGUCGUGAGAAGAACAAGAAUGGGGCAUGUCUCGUAUCCUGUGGUCCAUCAGACACUAUUCAUUUUUGGUCCAUCCAUGCUGAUGCACCUGAAUUUGCCGCAUUCCACUCCUCAUCCAUGGAGAAAGUGGCACCAACAAGAGUAGCUAUUGGGCAAGUAUGUGAGGACGGAAGGUUAGUGGAUUCAUAUCUAUUUACUUCGGAUGAAAUGGGAUGGGUUCAGGUUUGGAAUAUCAGGCACUACGCACUUUCGGGUCCGGAAAUGAACCAACCCCCAAAGUUGUAUACGUGGAGAUGCCACACGGCUUCUGUCACUGGGAUUGAAGCAAUUAAUGACAGGAAGCUACUGGUGACCACAUCAUGGGACUUUUGCGCCCGUCUGUGGACAUGGCGAGGCUGCUUCAUAGGUACAUUUGGACAACCAAUUAAAUGGGAUAUUCCUCGUAUCGUUUCUUUGGCAGUUAGUCAGAUGGGACCAUUUGACGUGCUGGUUAAUCCAAAAACCCAAAUCGUGCCAGAAUAUCAAAGUAUCAAUGCGAAUAUACUCAAGAAAAAUGUCAAUACACUGUCAAGGAGAAGGUGGGGAGGUGUGGUCUUCGAUGGUUACUCAGAAGAAUUAUUUGGCGAAACAUGGUUCAAGAGCAAAGAAAUUAAUAAUAUAAUUGGAAAUGCUAUGCAACAUCCUGAGGACUUGUACAAGGAAGCAAAGAUCAGCAAAGUCGUUAAUCCUGCAUCAAUUGGAACUGGUUUGUCGGUCAAUGAAUCGCAUCUAAGAAUAUUUAAUCGACUUUUAGUUUACCCAUUGGACCCGGAGUGCUCAUCAAAGUGGCUCAGAAAUAGUCACAUUCUGAACCAGUAA